CAGCCGGGCGCUGGCGUCCCCGCCACGAGCGCGCCACCGCAACUGGCUCCGCCCCCUGCCGGAACGGGCCGCGCGUUCCUGCGGCUCCGAGCAGAGUCGCGGGCGCGCGCGCCGGCGGCAGAUCCGCAGUUAAAAUGGUCCGAGCGGGACCCGGCCUUGCCCCCGCUGCCGCGCUGACUGACUGAGCCGGCUGGCCGGGCCCGGACUGGUCACCUAGCCGGCAGGCUCGCUCGCUCGCUCACUCCCUCGCGUCCCCAAAGCUCGCGCCCAUCGUUCUCCCGGCUUCCCUGGGCAAAGCAUGUAGCCCCCGUCGGGCACUCCGGCGGCCCGCAGCUGACGCCCACCCCCCACCGUCGCGUGUGUGCCCGUGUGUGCGUGUGUGUGCGCAGGGAGGGCGACCCCGCCGCGGGCCGGGGGCCGAGCCAGCGAGCGGCCUGCCCCGCUGCCAGGAGCCCGCCUCUCUGGGUCUCCCUCCCUCCCGUCCCGGUCCCCCUCCUCGGGGUCUUCUAUAUGGGCCACCUUCUCUCGAAGGAGCCGCGUAACCGCCCGAGCCAGAAGAGGCCUCGCUGUUGCAGUUGGUGCCGCCGCCGGCGCCCUCUUCUCAGGCUGCCCCGCCGGACCCCAGCCAAGGUGCCCCCUCAACCGGCGGCACCCCGGAGCCGGGACUGCUUCUUCCGCGGGCCCUGCAUGCUCUGCUUCAUCGUGCACAGUCCCGGCGCGCCCGCCCCCGCCGGCCCAGAGGAGGAGCCGCCGCUCUCGCCGCCGCCGCCGCCGCGGGACGGGGCCUACGCUGCCGCCUCCUCCUCCCAGCACCUGGCGCGGCGCUACGCGGCCCUGGCCGCCGAGGACUGCGCCGCUGCUGCCCGCCGCUUCCUGCUAUCCUCGGCCGCCGCCGCCGCAGCCGCUGCCGCCUCGGCUUCGUCGCCCGCCUCCUGCUGCAAAGAGUUGGGGCUGGCUGCGGCCGCCGCCUGGGAGCAGCAGGGCCGAAGUCUCUUCCUGGCCAGCUUGGGGCCGGUGCGCUUCCUGGGGCCGCCCGCCGCCGUGCAGCUCUUCCGGGGGACGACACCGCCGCCGGCCGAGCCCCCUACGCCCCCCGAAAUGGUGUGCAAGCGGAAGGGGGCCGGGGUCCCAGCCUGCACCCCCUGCAAGCAGCCCCGCUGCGGCGGCGGGGGCUGCGGCGGCGGUGGCGGUGGUGGUGGGGGAGGGCCUGCGGGGGGAGGCGCUUCGCCGCCCCGACCCCCCGACGCCGGCUGCUGCCAGGGCCCGGAGCAGCACCCGCAGCCGCUCUGCCCCCCGCCCUCUUCUCCCACCUCCGAAGGUGCCCCUACCGAAGCUGGCGGGGACGCUGUCCGAGCCGGGGGCACCGCCCCCUCGUCCGCCCAGCAGCAGCAUGAAUGUGGCGACGCGGACUGUCGGGAGCCCCCCGAAAACCCCUGCGACUGUCACAGGGAGCCGUCCCCCGAAACCCCAGACAUCAACCAGCUGCCGCCGUCCAUCCUGCUCAAGAUAUUUUCCAAUUUGUCGCUGGAUGAGCGUUGCCUUUCUGCAUCAUUGGUUUGCAAGUACUGGCGUGACCUUUGUUUAGACUUCCAGUUUUGGAAGCAGCUGGAUCUUAGUAGUCGUCAGCAGGUCACUGAUGAAUUAUUGGAAAAAAUUGCAUCAAGAAGUCAGAAUAUAAUUGAAAUCAACAUUUCUGAUUGUCGCAGUAUGUCUGAUACUGGCGUAUGUGUUCUAGCAUUUAAAUGUCCUGGACUUCUUAGGUAUACAGCCUACAGGUGUAAACAACUUUCUGACACCUCUAUUAUUGCGGUUGCCUCUCACUGUCCUUUACUUCAGAAAGUGCAUGUAGGCAACCAGGACAAACUUACUGAUGAAGGACUCAAGCAGCUGGGCUCAAAAUGCAGAGAACUCAAAGAUAUUCAUUUCGGCCAGUGUUACAAGAUCUCAGAUGAAGGCAUGAUCGUCAUAGCUAAGGGCUGUCUGAAAUUACAAAGGAUAUACAUGCAGGAAAACAAAUUAGUGACAGAUCAGUCGGUGAAAGCAUUUGCUGAACACUGUCCUGAGCUUCAAUAUGUAGGCUUCAUGGGUUGUUCAGUCACUUCUAAAGGAGUCAUUCACCUAACCAAGCUAAGAAACCUUUCCAGCUUGGACCUUCGUCAUAUCACUGAACUGGAUAAUGAAACCGUGAUGGAAAUUGUCAAGAGGUGCAAAAAUCUUAGCUCUCUCAAUCUCUGUCUGAACUGGAUCAUAAAUGACAGGUGUGUGGAGGUCAUUGCAAAGGAAGGACAAAACCUGAAAGAGCUAUAUUUGGUGUCCUGUAAAAUCACAGAUUAUGCACUGAUAGCCAUUGGGCGGUACAGCAUGACAAUAGAGACUGUGGAUGUUGGAUGGUGUAAGGAAAUUACAGACCAAGGAGCCACCCUGAUUGCACAGAGCAGCAAGUCUCUGAGAUAUUUGGGGCUGAUGAGAUGUGAUAAAGUAAGAGUUGACUAUCAAGUUGUUUGCUUUCUACAUAUCAGUAUAGUUAAUAGCUUGAUGUCAUAUCCUCUCCUUCUCUAUCCCCACCCCCAUAUAUUCUAUAUUAUAUAUACAUUUUAUAUAUAUAUAUAUAAUUAUAGCUAUGCAUUGUUUGCCUGCUUUUGUAAACUAAUCUGGGAUUAUCUUUGCAUUUCCCCACUUAAUAAUUCUGUGCUUAAGCAGAAAGAAAAAGUAAUCAUAUAUAUAUAGUCAACUUAGAGUUUGGCAUCCUAUUUAUAAGUCCAUGGACCAAAAUGUAAAAGGUUACAUGACAAACUGCAAUUUUCAGGGUCUAACCGUAAAAUUAUAUUCUGUGUUUCAAGUUUCCAGCAACAGUAAAGGUGGAAAGAACAGUGCCAAAUUGGUUUUUCACAAGUGUGUAAUUUUGGUACUGAACAUCUAUGUAUUCUGGCCACUCGGGAACAAGAAAGGGCCAGUGAGGGGGUAUGUGGGAAUUUGCAUCUCCCCAUACAUCAGAUGCCACUCCUAGCACGUGAUAAGAAGUGAUUCCAGAGGUCCUGGCGGAAGGCCUGUGGAGCUGACCAGCGAUGUGAGCAUGAGUUUAGGAAAUGGUGCAGCAUUUAAUGUGGGACCCUUUGAAGACUGAGAAAACAGAUAAUAAAAAUCUAUACUGACACCUGUAAUCCUAGCAUAUUGGGAGGCCAAGGCAGAAGGAUCACUUGAGCACGGGAGUUUGAGACCAGCCUGGGCAACAAGGCAAAACACUCUGUCUCUACCAAAAAAAAAAAAAUUAGCCAGGCAUCAUGCCACACACCUGUAGUACCAGCUACUAGGGAAGCUAAGGUGGGAGGAUCUCUGAGCUCAAGAGGCCGAGGUUGCAGUGAGCCGUGAUUGCGCCACACCACCCCAGCCUGGGUGACAGAGCAAGACCGUGUCCCAAACAAACAAACAAAAAAACAAAAAAAAACCUAUGCUAGACACCAGGCACUCCACAGAUGUUUUCUUCUUUAUUUAUUCCAUGUUUUUCCUAUAACAAGUCUAAGAAAUAGUUAUUUGCAUUGUGAAGUGGAGAAAAUGGAGGCUCAGAAAGACCAGUCAGUGGCCCAGGGAUACUCUGGCAAGACUUCACGCCGGGUCUUUGGAGUCUGUAUCCAGUGCUACUGGCACAACCCAGGGGGCGUUCUCUGGCCACGGGGACUGCUUCCUUAGAAAAGGUCCAGUUCAGACACUUGCUCAGAAAGUGCCGCCAUCUUGUACUAAUUUACACAUGUGUGCUACUUUUGUAAAUAGUGAUUAGGAACAAAUCUAGCAAAAUAAUGUGAAACUAAAUAGACUUGCCAUUCAAAGGGCAUGCAUUUUCUAAAUGUAGCAAAUCUGGGGGCAAAUGAAGUAUGGCCCAAAGCCCUUGUGUCCUUUGUCAUUUUUUGUUAAUUGACUAAUUCUUUUCUCCAAACACUUUAGAAUCCCAGCUUAUACUAGACCUUUGCCAGUUAGUUAUGUUUAGAGAAAUGUUGUUAUAUAUUCUCAGCCCAGCCCGGAAGCUACUUACUUUGUAACUAAGCAACAGCACUGAGACCCAGGACUUGCAAGUCUCCCACAAAUCUUUCUACUAACCAACCUAAUGCUGCUGCUAACCCUGCCACUUUAAAAUGACUUCUUUUAAGACAAGUUAAAGGGUCCACCAUAGGCAGAGUGCUCUAGAAACAGGAAUCAGUGACAGCAGAACUCCUCAGCUUCCAGCAGAAGCUGCCACGUGAAUGCUGUCUAACUAAAGCUACCAAAAUGUAAGCAUUCAUGCAUAUGUGUCCACAACGAUUCUCAGAAAUUGCCGUAUUUCUAAUCUGUAAUCUUUAGAUGGUUAAGAUCGGCUCCAUCUUCAGAGAUACACUGUAGAAGUUGUAUGUUACAGUUACUACAGGAGAAUAUUAUUCCCGACAUAUUUGCUGACCAGCAUUUUGCUGAUUUUUAGUUAAGAAAUGGGUUAUUUUCUACCCAAAUGCAAAUUAGUCCAAAAUUAAAUAGAGACAUUGUACAGAUUAGCUGUAUCCCUAAGGGUUUUAGCCCUUUCCCUGGGCUGCCUCUGAAUCCUUUCUCUAACCAGAGAGCCACUCUGAGAACCCAUUGGCUCCAGCACGAUGCCGUCUGGUCAGAGCCUGCUGCAGCACAGCCCAGGGAGAUGCUGGACCCAGCCUUGCUGUCUGGCUUCCUCAGACUUAAAGCAGCUCAGAGCCAAAUACGAGAGGCUCUGUGAGGAUGGAAGACAGUUCCAAACCACACACAAAGCACAAGUAAAGGCUUGCACAGAAAAGCCUGCUUGUUGGUUUAGUUGGAUGGAAAUGUAAAGUAGCUAUUCAGUUUUCGGAUUUUGUAUGAUGCCAUCCAUCUCCAGAUUUUAAGUUACCAUCAAGAUUCAAAGGAAGAUUUGAGUAGCAAAGAAAAGAAAUUAGUAGCAAGGGUAUAGUCUGCGGAGCCAGAGUUCAGGUUCAGAUCUGGGUUUUGCACUUACUAGUUGUGUCACCAUGGGCAGUUACUAACCUCUCAGUGCUUGUUUCCUCAUUUGCAAAAUGAGGAUACUAGUACCUAUCUUGUAGAAUUAUGAGCAUGUAAAUGAGUUAACAUAUGUAAAGCACUUAGAAUAAUGUCUAUUAUAUAUAAAAUGAUCUGUUACUGAUUAUUCUUAUCAUCAAUAUCAUUAUAUUAACCCGUGCUGUGAUCGUGGAAUUUCCCAAUGAGAAAAAAAAAAUUGUAUUGCCUGCUAUUCAAUUUUGAAAGAAAAUUA